AUGGCUUCUGCGCUUUAUUCUAUGCUGUUCUUGUUUGUUCUUUCUGGGUUUCACUCCAUUGUUGGAGCUCAAGAUCUUCGAGCUCCACACGGCCUUGCUUACGAAACCCCCGCCGGCGCCGCUGCAGACGGCGGCGCUGUUUCCCCUGAAGCGUACGCGUUUUUCAACCCCGCCGCAGGGACCGGGCCCAAGAAUAGUACUGCCGCUGCUGCACAGUUUCCUGCGGCGGCGGCGUCUUCCCUGGAAUCGAAUCUGGCUCGUGAUAGCGUGGCGAAGACGGAGGACGGCGGAGGUGGAGGUGGUGGGAUGGUCGGAAUUCUGAUCGGAUUUCUGUUUGUUGUGGUUUUAGUGCUUGGGGUUUUCUUUGUGGUGACCACUCGGAAACGCAAUUGGACUAAAGCUAAUGCUGCGGAUAUGCCUCAAGCGUGA